AUGUUAGCUAUUGGAGACGUUAUUUUAAGAGCAUUCAACUUUGUCUUUUUAGUCAUUGCCUUGGGGUUGACUGGUUCCCUUGCUGCCACCACCAUUACUCAACAUAAUCCACAAGUCAAUUUUGCUGUAUUUGCUGCAGCUUUUGGUCUUUUGACUUCAUCCAUAUACGGGGUGUUUGCUUAUUUCAUUGCAGCAUUUGCCUGGCCAGUAGUUUUAUUUUUGUUUGACUUCUUAAACUUUGUUUUCACUUUUGCUGCUGCUACAGCCAUUGCUGCUGGUAUUAGAGCUCAUAGUUGUUCUAACGAAGAUUACGUUUUUGACAACAAUAUUACUCAAGGUUCUAGUGCAAGAUGUAGAAAAGCUCAAGCUUCAACUGCUUUCUUGUACUUUUCCACAUUUAUCUUUAUUGCUUCUGCUAUUUUCAGUGCCAUUUCUCUUUCCAAAGGUGGUUUAUUUGGUCACUCUUCUAGACCAGCUCCAAGAACUGGUGUCCCAACCAUGUCCCAAGUUUAA